AUGGCGCCCCUUCGCAUGUGCUACGUGCCGUCUCGCGACGUGGUGGCCAAGGAUUCGGCCAGGUCGCCGCGCCCGGCCCUCCUGCGGCCUGCCGCCGGGCCGGGCGGCCUGCGGCUGAAGGUGGUGCGCCACCACAGGCUGGGCAUGCGGGGCCCGCCGUGCUGCCUGCCGGAGACCGGUACCCUGACGCAGACCCAGGAGGACCGGGCGGAUUCCGGGGAGAAAAAUGGUGCGGAUGGGACCGGGAUCGGCGCGGAGGCCGGCCAGGAUGCCAGGCAGGGGGCGCGAUGGCAGGCGGGCACCAUCUCCGUGCACGGCGGGGAGCGGGCUGGCAGGCCGAGGGUUUCUGACUCCUUGACCACGCCGAUCGUGCAGACUUCGACUUACACGUUCAAGGACACGGCCGAGCUGAUCGCAUACCAGGAAGGGCGGUUCGGCUCCUACGAGUACGGCCGGUAUGGCAACCCCACUUCAAGGGCAUGCGAGGAGAAGAUACGGGUACUGGAGGGCGCCGAGGAGUGCCUCCUGUCUGCGUCGGGUAUGAACAGCGCCACCACACUGCUGCUGGCGCUGGUCCCCGCGGGCGGUCACUGCGUGGUCACCACGGACUGCUACCGGCGCACGCGGCAAUUCAUCCAGACCGUGAUGCCCAAGAUGGGGGUCACCUCGACGGUGAUCGACCCGUCUGACCUGGAGGCCCUGAGAGCGGUCCUGGCGCAGCGCAAGGUGUCGCUGUUCUUCACGGAGUCGCCCACCAACCCCUACCUGCGCUGCGUGGACGUGCCGGCCAUCGCCAAGAUGUGCAGGGAGUCCGGCACGCUGGUGGUCAUCGACUCCACGUUCUCCACGCCCUGCAACCAGCGGGCGAUCGAUCUGGGGGCCGAUUUGGUGAUCCAUUCGGCCACCAAGUACCUGGCCGGCCACAACGACGUUCUGGCGGGCGCCAUUGCUGGCAGGGCUGACGUCGUGGACGCCGUCCGUUCCCUGCACAACGUCCUGGGCGGCGUUGUGGAUCCGCACGCGGCGUAUUUGCUCCUGCGCGGCAUGAAGACGCUCAACCUGCGGGUGAAGAGGCAUAACGACAAUGGCUUUGAGCUGGCACGCCGGCUGGAGGCCCACCCCAAGAUCGCGAGGGUGUACUACCCUGGCCUCCCGAGCCACCCCGACCACGAGAUCGCCAAGGAGCAGAUGACGGGAUUCGGUGGCGUGGUGAGCUUCGAGGUGGAGGGAGGGCUGGAGAGGACGUCCAAGUUCAUAGAUUGCGUGCGGCUGCCGUACAUUGCGCCAUCCCUUGGGGGGGUGGAGACGCUGAUCGAGCAGCCGGCGGUGAUCUCUUACUGGGACAUCGGGCCCGUGAAGAGAGCGGAGCUGGGAAUCAAGGACAACCUCGUGCGGUUCAGCUGCGGUGUGGAGGACUUUGAGGACAUCUGGGAGGAUGUGAGCCAGGCACUGGAUCAGAUAUGA